AUGGCCGGCGACGCUAGCGGGGACCUCCUCUCCUUUCUCCCCGAUGAUCUCCUCCAUGAGAUUCUCCUACGACUUGACUCCGUCGAAACCGCAGCACAGACCAGUCUUCUCUCUCGCAACUGGCGCUACUUCUGGGCCCAGAUCCCAGAUCUGAAAUUUCCCCUACCAGGCAACCUUGACCAUGUAAGAUAUGCCCUUACAGCCUAUGAUUCCACGAAUCUCCGUGAUCUACACAUCACCACCUGCGUUGCAUCCCCGGAAUUAGUUGAAGCCAUCCUCUUCCUUGCGGCGCCCCUCCUCACAGGUGAGAUCUUCAUAGAAAAGGAGAUGUUGUCUGAUGAUGAGACCGAGGGAGAGGAGGAUGAGCUAGAGGGAGAGGAGGAUGAUCUAGAGGCAGAGGUGGAGGAGGAGUGGGUAGGGAGAGGUGAUGCUUUUGAGCUGCCUUGCUUUCACAGGGCCACAAAGAUCUAUCUCAAUCUGUACUUUCUUGGCCUCAAAAUGCCAACAUCAGGUGUGUUCAUAAAGCUUGUUUCUUUGUACCUAUACAACAUGUGGCUCGAUGGUUGUUGCGAUCUUGGAGAGUUAGUCUCGUCAGCACGGUGCCCACUGUUGCAAGAACUAGGAAUCGAUAACAUCCAUGGGAUCACUAAUCUCGCCAUUCGGUCGAAGUCCCUCCUCCAAAUUCAACUUCAUAGUCUCGAAGGAUUGCAAAAAAUCACAAUUGUUGCACCGAUGCUGGACAUUCUAGAUGUGCAGUAUGACUUUGCUACGAGGCAACUGGUGGCAGACAUAUCCGCCCCUGCACUUAGGACUCUCUACUGGGAUGAUAUGUUUGAUCUGAUCUCGGCAAAAUUCAAUGAGAUGGUACACCUCAUGAAUCUGAGCACCAGCUUUAUGGUGUAUGGGAUACCUGGCUCUUCAUAUAAUUCAGCAGCACUGAAGCUAUUGCAAUACUCUCUGUCUCGGGACAUCUCCAUUUUGGAGCUCUUCCUCAACUAUCCAGAUAUCAUGGACAACUGCCAAUACUUGAUGGAGGCAAUAAGCAUCCUCCCGGAUACUAAGACCUUGUCACUUGGGUUACUAACAAGUGGGCAUGUCUUUGGGCCGUGUGUGUUCUAUUUGCUCAGCUUGUCGACGGGGAUUAGAAACCUUAAGCUGAAAUUAUGUUGGGACAGUCAGGAACAGACUACUUGCUCGUUAGGUUGCAUUUGCUAUCAGCCAGAAACUGAUGAUAUAUUGCUGAAUUCUCUAAUGGAAGUGGAAAUCAUUGGAUUUUACGGAACAGAACAUGAAUUCGCAUUUGUGGAACGACUAUUAAGAUGGGCAGCCAAUCUUAAUACAAUUACUCUUUCUUUUCAAUGUGGUAUCAACACUGUUACUGAGGAGCUGUGA